UGGGGGAGGGGGAGCCGGGUGCAGCCCUGGGGCUCCCUCCCCGGCUCUGCGCCGCCAUGGCCGAGGAGAAGCCCCUCACCGUGGUGUCCUGCACCGCCCCAGUCAACAUCGCUGUCAUCAAAUACUGGGGGAAGCGGGACGAAGAGCUGAUCUUGCCCCUCAAUUCCUCCCUGAGCGUCACCCUGCACCAGGACCAGCUUAAAACCACCACCACUGCCGCCAUCAGCAGAGACUUCAAAGAGGACCGGCUCUGGCUGAACGGGGAGGAGGCCGACGUCGGGCACCCACGGCUGCCGUCCUGCCUGCGGGGGGGGGACCCCCCUGCUCUGCCCACAGUGCGCCGCCUGGCCAGGAAGCGGAGGGGGGGUAGUGCCGGCGCCGAGGCCCCCCUCAGCCUGGCAUAUAAAGUGCACGUCGCUUCGGUGAACAACUUCCCCACGGCGGCUGGCCUGGCAUCCUCGGCUGCAGGGUAUGCCUGCCUAGUGCACACCCUGGCCCGGCUGUACGGCGUGGAGGGCGAGCUCUCCGAGGUGGCCCGCCAGGGCUCGGGCAGCGCCUGCAGGAGCAUGUUCGGGGGCUUCGUGCAGUGGCUGAUGGGGGAGCGGCCCGACGGCAAGGACAGUGUCGCCCAGCAGGUGGCGCCGGAGACCCACUGGCCCGAGCUCCGAGUGCUCAUUCUGGUGGUGAGUGAGUCCGGGUCUGGCACCCCUAGGCCAGGGCACCAGCCACUCUGCAAGGGAAGGGCGGCUGUCCCUGCGGGGUGGCUGUGCCAGGGAGCCGGCCCAGGUGCCCGGUGUGGUAAGGGGGCUCUGUGGGUCUCCCCGUCCCCUCCCCCCGGUGUAACUGUCCCCCUCGCCCCAUGGCAGCACCGUGCGGAGGCCGUGGUGCCGGGGCGCAUGGCUCAGAUGAUCCAGUUCAUCCAGCAGCGAGACUUCGAGGGCUUUGGCCGGCUGACCAUGCAGGACAGCAACCAGUUCCACGCCACCUGCCUGGACACCUUCUCCCCCAUCUUCUACCUCAGCGACGUCUCCCGGCGCAUCAUCGCCCUGGCCCACCGCUUCAACGCGCACCACGGCAGAACCAAGGUGGCCUACACCUUCGACGCCGGCCCCAACGCCGUGAUCUUCUCGCUGGCGGACACGGUGUGACCCCACAUCUCCCCUCUCUGGGGCCGGGUACCCCCACUGCUACCCCCUCUCUGGCCCCACAGGUUCCUGAAGGGGCUGCCGGCUGGGCCCGCCUCGCUCUCGGAGGAGCUGCUCUCGGCCGUGGUGCUGGAGCCCGUCCUGGGGGCCAUCCGGUACAUCCUCCUCACGAAGCCAGGCCCAGGUCCCCAGCUGCUGGAUGAUCCCGGCCUGCAUCUGCUGGGAGCGGAUGGGCUUCCCCGUCCCAGUGCCUGAGCAGCCGCCCGGCAGACGUGGAACGACACGCUUCUGGGAGCGGGGAACCUGGGCCGGGGCCAUGCUGGUUCCGUGGCUGGCACGCACGAGAGGCGUUCGGGGCUUGGCCAUGGGGAGUUGGGGAUUGUGGGGGAAGAGCAAUGGGCCGACCAAAGCCCCCUCGCAGAACGUAUGCAGCUGGGCCAGUGCCCACCUCCAGCGCUGCCCACAGUGCCUUUGCCCACGGGCCGGGGCCUCUCCCGGCUCUGGUCUGCCAGCCGAGGAGGGCAGGCGCUAUGAGGUGACGUCUCUGCUAGGAAGAGGACUGCGACUCGCCAGCAUUAGCUGGGAACAGCUCCAUGAUGCUGGCGGCCCUUGGCUUGCCUGGGGUGGCCUGAUGUGGGCUGACCUAGAGAUGAAAGGCUCUUUCUUACCUGUCCCUUACCCAGCUGGUGCUGCAUUCCUGUCUCUUCUCUCCUCCCCCCUGCUACUCUGGUUUUUAAAAAUCCAGCACUAGCAGUCCGUUUGAAAUGCCCAGCUUCCUGGUUGGUUUGAAGUGUAAAUGCCCAUGAAUAGAACUCUCUGGACUGA